AAAAUGUUAGAGGGGGAACGCAGAGGCGCACCGUGCCAGAGCCAGGACCACUAGGAACCUCUGCGAAGCGCAACACGACGUGCGUUUUUCUCAUUACUUCUCUUUCAGUCACAGCGAAAGCGCGGGGGUCAGCGGAGCCAUGUCAUGCGAGUAAAGAGAGUUUGUCAGUGUUAGGUCAGGCGGAUCGUUCUUUUAUUCAUUUAAGAUGAAUAAAUACUUGAAGAGCUCGCGACCGCUCGCCGUGGCUCUGCUCCUCCUCACCCUGUGCGUCGCGGUGAAGCGAGCCGACUCAAAGUCUCUCGAUGACUGUGGAAGCAAAUGUGACUGCAAUGGAGAAAAAGGAGCCAAGGGCGAGAGGGGUUUCCCAGGUUUAACUGGACAGCCGGGACUCCCGGGUUUUCCCGGACCUGAAGGGCCAAUCGGACCCAGAGGAGAGACGGGAAGUGAUGGACCUCAAGGACUUGGUGGUCCAAAAGGAAUCAGGGGACCUCCCGGAUUGCCAGGAUUUCCAGGAGCACCAGGACUUCCUGGUCUGCCAGGACAAGACGGUCCUCCAGGGCCAAAAGGAGUCCCAGGAUGUAAUGGGACAAAGGGUGAAAGAGGUUUCCCAGGAAAUCCAGGAAUCCCAGGGCUGCAAGGAAUCUCGGGUCCACCAGGUCUGCCAGGACCAAAGGGCGACCCGGGUGAUGUGAUUUCCACCAAUCAGUUUGGAACGAGGGGAGCAAUAGGAUUGCCGGGAUUGCCAGGACCUCCUGGUUUUCCUGGACCUGCAGGUUUACAAGGUCCAGUUGGCCCUCCCGGUCCCAGAGGCUACGAGGGUCGUCAGGGUCCCCCUGGUCCUCCUGGACCAAAAGGAAACAUGGGAUUGAACUUCCAAGGACCCAAAGGAGAAAAGGGUGAGCAGGGUUUGAAAGGACCUCCAGGUCCUCCAGGACAGGUUGGAGAACAGAAGAAGCCACCGGAGACGGAGAUUCAGAGGGGAGACAAGGGUGACCCAGGAUCUCCUGGCCUUCCAGGUGAGCCUGGCAUUCCAGGACCACCUGGUCCUUCUGGUGGACAAAAAGGUGAGAAAGGAGAACCAGGAGAGCCAGGCAAACGAGGAAAACCCGGCAAAGACGGUGAUCCAGGACCUUCAGGAUUCCCUGGAAUCAAAGGAGAGUCAGGCCUACCAGGUCCUCCAGGCAGGGAUGGAGAAAGAGGACUAAAGGGUGAUCGCGGUUUCCAAGGUCCACCAGGAGAGGUCAUUAAUGGACCAACAGACACACAGAUUGGUCCUAAGGGUGAGCCUGGAUUUCCUGGAAGCCCCGGACCCAAAGGAGAGAGAGGACCAUCAGGUUUAACGGGACCUCCAGGACAGCCUGGAAUUCCAGCCACAGGUGGCGUUGGUCUGCCUGGACCUCCAGGUUUCCCAGGAGACAGGGGUGAAAAGGGAGAAUUUGGCUCGCCAGGGCUCUCUCUGCCAGGUGUCCCUGGACGGUCAGGUACUCCAGGACCUCCUGGUCCACAAGGACCCCCUGGACCUCCAGGUUUUUCCACUGCAGGACAGAACUGCAUCCCUGGGGAGCCCGGACUACCUGGGUCUCAAGGAGAAAGAGGUUACCCUGGAGAACAGGGCCAAAAAGGUCAGAAGGGAGACACCUGCUUUAACUGCUUUGGAGAAACCAAUUUCAUUCCUGGACCCCAAGGACCCCCAGGACAGCCUGGAUUUCCAGGAUCUCCUGGACCCCAAGGUAUCAAGGGAGACAGGGGAUUCCCGGGGACACCUGGUAGUUCUGGCCCCCCUGGUCAAUCUGGUCCUCAAGGUCCUCCAGGUUUCCCUGGGGAAAAGGGAGACCCCGGUGAAUCUGUCGUGGUCAGUGGUUUGAGAGGAGAAAAAGGUGACACAGGCUUCCCUGGACCACCAGGUCUUCAGGGUCAGGAUGGCCGAUCUGGCCGUGAUGGGCAGCCAGGACUUCCUGGUCCUAAGGGAGCUCCAGGUUCUUUACUGGUGAAAGGAGAGCGAGGACCCCCUGGUGAGUCAGGUGUCUCUGGGAUUCCUGGAGAUAGAGGUCCCCCAGGUUCUCCUGGGUAUGGACCUCAAGGACCACCUGGAGAAAAAGGUCUGCAGGGUGUUUCAGGAAGACCAGGAGCUCCUGGUACACCAGGUCCUAAAGGGGAACCAGGGCUAACAGUGGCAGAGAAAGGUUUGCCAGGAGCCAGGGGACUUGAUGGUGAGCCAGGACGUCCCGGUGCAACAGGUGUCCCAGGUCAGCCCGGGCAGCCUGGUUUCCCUGGUUUACCAGGAGCAAAGGGCGAUCCGGGACUCCCAGGAAUUGGUCUUCCAGGUCCCCCCGGAGAGAAAGGAUUCCCUGGCACUCCUGGCCAGCCAGGAACUUCAGGAGAACCAGGCCGGCCAGGAGUUGAUGGACGCCCAGGACAGCCAGGGCUUCCUGGACCCAAGGGUGAGCCUGGUUUUGGACUUCCUGGUUCUCCAGGUUUACCAGGAAUACCUGGACCUAAAGGUUUCUCUGGACCAAAGGGAGAUCCUGGUUUCCCUGGAAACCCUGGUACACCAGGGCGAUCUGGAUUUGAUGGAGCUCCAGGAUUAAAAGGUGAGCCUGGUAGACCUGGUUCACUUGGACCUCGUGGGCCACCUGGACCCUCUUCGGUUGGUACCCUGGGGCCCCCUGGCCCCCCUGGACCUUCAGGCCCAAUGGGACCACCAGGAUUCCCUGGAGCAAAUGGAGAAAAGGGAGACCCUGGCCCUCCAGGUCUAGACAUCCCAGGUCUACCAGGAGAAAGAGGAAUUACUGGUUUCCCAGGUUCCCCUGGACCUGCAGGAACCCCAGGACCACCUGGAGGACCUGGACGAGAUGGUGUUCCUGGACCGCCAGGUUCAAAAGGCGACAUGGGUCCAGUGGGUUCUCCAGGACCUUCUGGUGGACCUGGAGCCCUAGGAUCCCCUGGGGCUUCAGGACUUAAAGGUGAACCAGGAUUCCCAGGCAGAGAUGGUGCACCAGGUGUUCCGGGUCCUAAAGGAGAAACUGGAGAACCUGGCCUCCAAGGACCCCCUGGAACAAGUCUACCACCAGCUAAUAUAAAGGGUACCAAAGGAGAUUCUGGACUACCAGGUACACCAGGUUUUCCAGGGCCGAAAGGCAUCACUGGUCUCCCUGGUGAUCCUGGUCGUCCAGGAGCAGACGGACGCCCUGGAACCCCUGGACCACCAGGUCUUAAGGGAGAGCCUGGCGCUCCAGGAAGUUCAGGUAUUUCUGGAGCUCCAGGACUAAAAGGUGCUAUGGGAGAAAUGGGAAUUCCAGGACCAUCAGGGCAGAAGGGCGCUGCAGGUCUUCCGGGUAGGCCGGGAUCCACAGGCCAGCCAGGGGCACCUGGCUUCCAAGGAUCUAAAGGCGAACCGGGUUCUGCUGGGGUUGGACCACCAGGACCACCAGGACUAAAGGGUGAGCCAGGCCAGCCAGGGUUCCCAGGAAAUCCAGGACUGAAAGGAAACCCAGGAAACCCAGGUCUGCCAGGUUUACCAGGAGGACCAGGCGUUAAAGGCGACAGCGGCCCCCCAGGAUUCCAAGGUGGCCCUGGUAUUCCAGGCCCUAAAGGUCUUGAUGGUGGGCCUGGUGGCCCAGGUCUCCCAGGAGCUCCGGGUAGACCAGGAGAGCCUGGUCGACAAGGAUCACCUGGAUUGCCUGGUGAGAAGGGUCAGGCAGGUCGGGAUGGGAUUCCAGGACCAGCUGGAGUCAAAGGCGAGCCAGGGCUUCCUGGUUAUGGUGGUCCGGGUCCUACUGGCCUUCCAGGGCUGCCAGGUGCAAAGGGAGACCCAGGUCUUCCUGGUCCAACCGGGAAUCCAGGUUUUCCUGGUUCUAAAGGAGACCCUGGCUUCUCGGGUUCCCCAGGAGCUCCAGGUCUUGUUGGCCCUCCGGGGCCUCCAGGACAGGCUCGGCAGGGCCCUAAAGGGAACCAAGGACCUCCUGGACCACCUGGAAGAGGAGGACCUUCAGGUCCUCCAGGUGCUCCUGGCCCACAGGGUCCUCGUGGACUUGAAGGAAGUGGUGGUGUUAAAGGGGAGAAAGGUAUUCCAGGUGCUCCUGGCCAGCCUGGCUUUUCUGGACAGAAAGGAGACCCUGGUCUUCCAGGAUUUUCGGGUUCUCCUGGUGGUCCUGGUAUUCCUGGUCCAAAAGGAGACAGUGGUCUGCCUGGUGUUCCUGGAUUCCCUGGACAAAAGGGAGAGUCAGGAUUACCUGGUCCAAGUGGUCUUCCUGGAGAUCCCGGUGACUUCGGACCACCUGGUCCUCCUGGUGAUCCUGCUAGUCUUCCACCUGCCAGCUUCGUUAAGGGAGAGCAAGGACCCCCUGGUCCUAAGGGCAGCCCUGGUUCUCCGGGACUGCCUGGCCGUCCUGGAGAAAGUGGACUCCCAGGUUCUCCUGGUGAACCUGGAGAUUCUGGUAGGGAUGGUCCUCCUGGCUUCAACGGCCCACCUGGCAGGAAGGGAGACAAUGGCCCUGCUGGGCCACCUGGUGUAAGGGGCUUGAAUGGUCCACCUGGUUCAGACGGUCCACAGGGUCCUCCUGGUCCUCCAGGAUCAGUCUCUGCAGCCCACGGUUUCCUCAUCACCCGACACAGCCAGACUUCUGAAGUUCCCUCCUGUCCCGCUGGAACUAGCUUUAUCUACGAUGGCUACUCUCUGCUGUACGUUCAGGGCAACGAGAGGGCACAUGGACAGGAUCUUGGCACAGCUGGAAGCUGUCUGCACAGAUUCAGCCCCAUGCCCUUCAUGUUCUGCAACAUCAACAAUGUCUGCAACUUUGCCUCCCGUAAUGACUACUCCUACUGGCUGUCUACGCCAGAGCCCAUGCCCAUGUCCAUGUCCCCCGUUAGUGGAGAAAGCAUUAAGCCCUUCAUCAGCAGGUGUGUGGUGUGUGAAGCUCCAGCCAUGGUGAUUGCAGUCCACAGUCAGACCAUCCAAGUUCCCCUUUGUCCUUCAAACUGGGAACUUCUCUGGAUUGGAUUCUCCUUCAUGAUGCACACCAGUGCAGGCGCCGAAGGCUCGGGUCAGGCUUUGGCUUCCCCAGGCUCCUGCCUGGAGGAAUUCCGUAGCAAUCCCUUCAUAGAGUGCCAUGGCAGAGGGACAUGCAAUUACUUCAGCAACUCCUACAGCUUCUGGCUGGCCACAGUGGAGCCUUUUGAGAUGUUCAGGAAGCCGCAGUCAGAGACCUUCAAAGCGGGUAACUUACUCACACGCAUCAGCCGUUGUGCGGUCUGCCGGAAGAAUACGUAACGGCACAUAGCAACAAGCAGAUCCGCUGUUGUUAGGGGGCCCCUGAUCAUUGUUAAGAGAUCAGUUGGAUGAGAUGACGGGAGGCAAGCUGGAGGGGGGUGGGCAGUCGUCGUCCUGACUUGACAUGGCGAUGAGGUGGAAUUCCUAUGGUGCAUUGUCUUCCAGAAAAAAAUCAAACUACAACUAAAACUAUGGUGCUACUGUGCAACACAGCUUAAAAAAAGAAAGAAAAGAAAAAAAAAUGGACGUAAAUAAAUCUUUUAUUUAGUCUUUGUUUUUCUAAAGAAGUACCUCAAAAUGAAAGCAGAAAUAUAUCCACUAAAUGGUGCCAUGAUGGAUGUGUGACUUCAGUGCAUUUUUCAGUCUUUUCUCUUCUUUCCCAAAAGGAUCAUUGCUUCCUUUUUCUUUUUUAUUCUUUAAAAUAACUUUUGACACUUUUCUUCCGCCUUAUUGAUGAGAAGCAGAUGAUCCCCACGAUUACCAAAUCGGCACUUUGACUUCAGAACAUGCAGGAUGACAGAUGCACUGACGAUGAGCUUUCCUUACUGAGACUGAAUGCCGUUUUUUUGUUUGUUUUUUUAAAUACUAGCCUUUUAUUCAGACUCUUUCCCUGUGUCAGGUUUCUGUUGUUUUACAUUCGGUGGUACUAACCCUGCCUACACCUUCUUUCUCUUCAUUUUUCAUUUUGUAAGUAAUAAAAUGUGUAUAUUGUGUAAAACACUUUUUUUUAGUGUAUUAGGUCUUGAAUCAGUAACAGCUGUUUGUCAUGACAGUUUUCCAGGUUCUUUUUAGCUCACACACACACAUUCACACAUAUUUGCUUCAUUCUCACUGACACACACCAACUCAGAUAAUGUACAAAGUAAGGCGUUUAUGAAUGAAACAGUAUUUUAUAUAUAAUAAAUAUAUAUGAAAAAAAAACUUUUAUUUGGCUAUGGGGAGAUUGUUUGCUGUUUUGAAAUGGUCAUGCAUUUUCACCGAAACAUAAAGCAAGGUACUGAGCACAGACCGAGCAGUUUUCCUUCAAAUAUUAGAGGCUUGUAUGAUAUCAACUGCACCAAUCACUUCAACCUUUUGUAUUCAAGUUGUAGAAUGAUUAAAAUGCUGAAAUCAAAUACAGGGGGAUUUGCUUUUGGUAGUCUAAUGUUUGGGGAAUUUUACAAAAAUCUGUGAGAAAGAAAAGAAAAAGGUUUUAGAUGAAAUCUUGGCUGCUUGAUUUAGAAAACCACAUUUGUUUUGUGUUCUUCAACAUUUCCAGGUGCUGAGCUUUUCUGUAAAAAUAACAAUAAAAAAAUGACAAAGCUC